GAAAAUGGAAUCGUGGUUUACAUUUCCUCUAUUUUCAGGAUCACUAUAGAACGUCCUCCUGUUUACUGCAGUGAUGAAGUUCGUAUCUGCUUUGCUACUAGCUAUGAAUGGUGUCAUAGGUAUUUCGAAAUCGACCUGGAAAAAGCAGGAAUUGAGGGAUGGGUGAUGGAUAUUAUUCGGCCAAACAUCACUGUACGUGAACGAUGUGCUUGUAGAAAGGAUUGUGGGGCUGUUUAUGAACUCAAAAUCCAGCUCUUGAAAAGAGACGAAAACUAUGAUAAAAAUGUCUUAUUACCACGAUUCCCAACACAUUCACGGUUUUGGAAUCAGUGGGAAGGUGGAGAUUCUUGGGAGACCGUCGAGCACGUAUUUUCCGAUUACCCUUGUGGCAUGCGGAAGCUCGCUGUCAUGAGUCGUGGAAAGGAUAGCCAGUACUGGGCAGGACAUUAUGGUGCAAAAUUUGGCGAAACAGAAGUGAUUGUCACUUUCCCGGAUAAUCCGAGAUACCUGUCACCAGAAGACUUUCCUGACGAGGAGAAGAAGCUCCUGACUCGCAGAGGCUAUUGA